GUUACAACCCGGAAGAAUUGCCUCUCUCCGAUUAACGUUUGAAUAGACGAGAAUGAGCAAUUUAUCUCGGAAAGAAACGAUUAAACGAGAUGCUGCUAACAUCGCACAGCCUUUGAGAGACAUAUCCGUGUCUUAAUCUUCGGUGUCGCCGCAGACACAGGCGGUCGAGUGUGAGCAGCAACGCCCUGAUGCCAGCAGCCACCCCGUCGGAGAAAAAUACCCUCGCUCUGUUUACAAAUCGGCUAGGAGACAUCGUUUCCUCGCAGUGUGUCGUUAGCUAGCUAAUCGUGCGGUUGUGUGUGUUUUUCAGACGAAGAAAAAAAACAUGGCUGAACUGCAUGUUGUGGAACAGAGCGGCACUGCCACCAUAGAGCAGCCCGAGCACCGCGAUGUCCGGGGCUCGGUGCGCCUGGCGUCGCCCACUCUCGUGGUUCCUCCGCCGCGGAGCAGCCAGCUCAGUCCCGGCGGGGGGUCGAGCGCCAGUGGCGGGCGCACCGUGUUCGGGUUCCCGGCGAAGAGCAACCCGAGCUCCCCGUCCGAACCGGCGGACAAGCCUGGCUCGCGCUGGGCUCGUCUGAACGUCGGCGGGACCUACUUCAUUACGACCAAACAGACGCUGUGUCGGGACCCCAAAUCGUUCCUGUUCCGACUGUGUCAAGAAGACCCCGACCUGGACUCCGACAAAGACGACACAGGAGCCUACCUGAUCGACAGGGACCCCACAUACUUUGGCCCCAUCCUGAAUUACCUUCGGCACGGAAAACUGAUCAUGGAUAAAAACCUGGCCGAGGAAGGUGUUCUCGAGGAAGCCGAAUUCUACAACAUUGCGUCUCUGGUGAGGCUGGUUAAAGAAAGGAUACGGGACAACGAGAACCGGACAUCUCAGGGUCCUGUGAAGCAUGUGUAUCGAGUGCUACAGUGCCAAGAGGAGGAACUCACACAGAUGGUCUCGACCAUGUCGGACGGUUGGAAGUUUGAGCAGCUUAUAAGCAUCGGUUCCUCUUAUAACUACGGCAACGAGGACCAGGCCGAGUUUCUAUGUGUAGUUUCCCGGGAACUCAACAACUCCACCAAUGGCAUCGUCAUCGAGCCCACCGAGAAGGCCAAGAUCCUUCAGGAGCGAGGCUCGCGGAUGUAAAGCGACGCAGACGCUGAGCUAAAUAACACUUUAUCAACAAAAACAAAACAAUAACAUGAUCAUUGUCUCCAGUUUUCAUCACGAUCUGUGAGUUUACCCUCCUCCUCCUCCUCCUCCUCCUCUUCUACCAUCGCCGCCUUCACCAUCGUCAUAAACCCCCUCUCGUCCCUCCUCCUCGUCCUCCUCUGGUCUGCCUUUCCACAGCGGGGGGGCCGCCCGACGCCUCCCUCUCCUCCAUUGCUGCAACGCCACCCUGAUUUGUCUUCUCCUCCAUCGCCGGCUGUGGAACACUUCAGGGGGAAGUUUUAAAAGGGAUUACAAGUGAGUGGUUUUCCUCCAUAGCAGCUUUAGUGAUGGUCAGUGUCACUGCGGUGCUUAUUGUAGCCCGUUGUUAUUGUGAGUGGAUGGACGCCGAGCACAGAGCUACUAUGAAUCAUCUUCAUCGUUAUCAUCAUCAUCACGUAUACAUAUUGGCUCCUCAGGACUCUCAAAGGACAUAAAGGAACGAACACAACUCCACUGACUGAGCCUCUAUACCUGAAUCUGUUAAUGAAGUCCCUCUGCGCUCCCAGACUCCUCGGCUGAUGUCUGAGGGCGGGUCGCGGCACAACACGACCGAGCCAGGAGGCGGAGCGGAGUCCGAUCGCUCUGUUUGAGCCCGCCUGGUGCAGCGUUUUCAUCCGCUCUCGCUAUCUCUCUCUCGUCAUUAGAAACCUCUUAAACGAGUGACGACAUCGAACAGGCGUCCUGUCUCGGAACAUCACGACAUCCCACUCCUCCUGUUUCCUGUUCCCGGGCUCGAUUUUUGGUUUGUCCUCCCCAGGGAGAGAAUUUAGGAUAUUUCCGCGCAAAAAAAAAAAGAAAACCAAUGCCUCAAAAAAAGACUACACCUGUGUACAAUUUGUCAAGGCA